GCCUGGCUGGGAUUCUAGGGUCUUCCCUCUGCAUUCUCCAAACGCCUAGAGCCAGCAGAAACGUUUCGUCUGAUUAGAAGCCAUCAUUUCUAUCCCAAUCCCGGAAAAUUGACUGCGGUGCAGAGAGGGAGGCCUGAGAAGCAGCCUUAGGGGAGAAGGUCCAAGCUAAUUAGGAGGCAGCAUCCGGGGGCCCAUUAGAGCGCAGGCUGCUGUCACUCAGCCGGGCUGAGUUCCCGGGAGAAGAGGCUGGAGAAGGAGGGGCAGACGGCCCCUCGACGAGGACACCGCUGGGAGCUGCCGGAACGGGCCCCGGGCUCUGCCCCCGCCCCGGCGCUGGCUCGAAGGCGCCCGCUCCGCGCCCGCUCCGUGCGAUCCUGCUCGGCAAACAUUCACUCAUCCUGGGCUGUUCUCGCCAGGGCUGGGGACUUCGAGGCGGCCGAGACGGGAGUUGAUUCUAGGCGAAACAAGUCAUUUGGGGCCUGAGGUGGGCACGAGCCGCCCGGGACUUGCAGGCCAGAUGCGUUUCUUUUGUGAGGCCGAGGGAGAACUCGGUCGCAGCCAGGGCGGCGGGGCGCGCCCAGCCCCGGCCCCUGGAGCGCCCGCCGCGGUCCCCACCUCCAUGGACGCCUUCAAGGGGGGCAUGAGCCUGGAGCGGCUACCGGAGGGGCUCCGGCCGCCGCCGCCGCCACCCCAUGACAUGGGGCCCGCCUUCCACCUGGCCCGGCCCGCCGACCACCGCGAGCAGCUCGAGAACUCCGCCAGCGAGUCGUCUGACACGGAGCUGCCAGAGAAGGAGCGCGGCGGGGAAUCCAAGGGGCCUGAGGACAGUGGCACGGGAGGCACGGGCUGCGGCAGCGCAGACGACCCAGCCAAGAAGAAGAAGCAGCGGCGGCAACGUACGCACUUCACAAGCCAGCAGUUGCAAGAGCUAGAGGCCACGUUCCAGAGGAACCGCUACCCCGACAUGAGCAUGAGGGAGGAGAUCGCCGUGUGGACCAACCUCACCGAGCCGCGCGUGCGGGUCUGGUUCAAGAACCGGCGAGCCAAGUGGCGGAAGCGUGAGCGUAACCAGCAGCUGGACCUGUGCAAGGGUGGCUACGUGCCGCAGUUCAGCGGCCUGGUGCAGCCCUACGAGGACGUGUACGCCGCCGGCUACUCCUACAACAACUGGGCCGCCAAGAGCCUGGCGCCAGCGCCGCUCUCCACCAAAAGCUUCACCUUCUUCAACUCUAUGAGCCCGCUGUCGUCGCAGUCCAUGUUCUCCGCACCCAGCUCCAUCUCCUCCAUGACCAUGCCGUCCAGCAUGGGACCAGGCGCCGUGCCUGGCAUGCCCAACUCGGGCCUCAACAACAUCAACAACCUCACCGGCUCCUCGCUCAACUCGGCCAUGUCGCCGGGCGCCUGCCCGUACGGCACUCCCGCCUCGCCCUACACCGUCUACCGGGACACGUGCAACUCGAGCCUAGCCAGCCUGAGGCUCAAGUCCAAACAGCACUCGUCGUUCGGCUACGGCGGCCUGCAGGGCCCGGCCUCGGGCCUCAACGCGUGCCAGUACAACAGCUGACCGCCCCGCCGCACCACGCGGGCCAGCUGCCGGCGCAGGGAAGGGCUCGGGCGCGGAGGACGCACGCGGGGCCCCCGGCUUGCAAGCCCCGGCUCACCGCUUUGCGGACCUCGCGCCUGCGCAGCCCCCUCCUCCCACUUCCCACUCCGGGUUGGUUUUGUGUUUGCUUUUCCGGAUCCCACUCUGCCCUCCAAAAAGACAAAAACAAAAACAAAAAAACAAAAAAAAAAAAACAAAGCAAAAACGUCGGAGAAAAGUGCCGCGAAAAAAAUGGAUGAGUUGCAAUUUCCCUCGGGAUGGCGCGGGUGGUGUGUGUGUGUUCCCACGGGCCCCGGAGGCCCACUCCGCGGAGGGGACGCGGCGCAGUAGGCGAGCGGCCCCCCGGGCGGGAUGCCCAGCGGCGGGGGGAGGACGCCCUCGUAGCCUGCGUCCCCGCCGCGCUGGACCCAUACUGAGCCGCCGGGCCUGCGGACUGGAUGUGUGGGACCUGGACUUGCCUGGGAUUUUCCGACCCCGUACAAACCCAGAUGCCCUCUCCAAGCUGGGCCCGGCCGAGAGCGCCUUAGCUCGAGUCGGGAUCCGCGUUGGGGCAGGCGUUGGAUUGGGGGUGACGGUGCCCCAGCCCAGGAUCCGGCACUUGGUGGAGCCGCACUCUGCUCCGGCUCCGGCGCGCCUGGUAGAGCCCCGCUGGCCCUGCGCCCCGGAGCCCUAUAUUGAGGCCAUGGAGCGGGCGGGCAGUGCGGACCUGGCGGGAGGAGGGGGAGGUCCGUCUCAGAACACCCCAGCCUCGAGCUUAGCCGCAAGCCCAGGCCCUCUGCUCUGCUCCCGGGCUAGGAGGCGGCCCCCUGUCUGGGCGAACAGCCCCCUCCUCACCGCCCGCCGUGCAAGAGUCGAGCCGGUAGAGCAAGGGGCGCGGCCCCAGGGCCCUGCGCCCACUUUGCACACCCGCUCUCCGGCCCGCGCCCCUGUUUACAGCGUCCCUGUGUAUGUUGGACUGACUGUAUAGAAUUAUAAAUCUGUCUAUAUCGACUUGUCCAUGUACGUCUAUUAAAACCAUAGUCCGAGCGUGCUAAGCA